CUCUCUCUAUUGCUAUGCACUGAGAAAUCAGUGUAUGCAUUUUCCUUAUUGCAUUUAGUCCAGGUAUACUCGCAUCCGGCUGUCAUGUAAUCAACGUAACAUAUUCAGAAAGGUUGACUAAAUCUGCUCUUACGUAUCUACAGGGUGUUAAGAAAGUGAUGUACAAAAAGAAAUUCAGUUCUCCUUGUUACUCGGCAUCAACGUUUGGCUCUCCAGAUGUCGGACUUAUACUUGUUUUUGCCAGUGGAAAAAUCGAGAUUAGAUCCCUGCCAGAAUUGUCUCUAGUGAAAGAAAGUUCAAUAAGAGUGCUCACAUUUUCGACUUCUAGACCUUUCUCCGUUUCUGACAUUGUAGUGUCGUCAUCCCUUGAUGGCGAAAUCAUCAUUGUUAACGGCAAUCAGGAGUUAGUUUUCGUCUCAACUUUGCUUCAUGAGGCUUAUAGAUUCGUGGACUCGGUCUCCAUGGUUCUAAAGAAAAACCUUGUAAAUGCUCAAGGGCUCAUCUAUACACCGCCCGUGAAAGAGAAGAAGAAGGGCAUAUUUGCCUCUGUGAUAAAAGACAAUAAGAGUUCAAAAUCGAGGAAUGGGCAUGAGGUGGAAACUGAAGAUUGCAGACAAAGUAUUGAAGAACUGUGUACCAUAUUUUCGACAUCCAACUUUGCAAGGGAGAUUGAAAGCGAGGAGAAGAAGAUUAUGAAUGAGGAGUUGGAUAUAGAUGACAUCGAGAUCGAAGAGCCGAAAGAGAGAGCGAGAGUGAUGGCAGGGCUAAAUAGACAGAAUAUUACAAAUACAUUUCAAGCAAUUAAAGGUAAAUUGAAACAUACAAAGGUGAAGAGUGAGAAAGCAGCAGGUGUUAAUGAGGAGGAGAAAAGUGGUGGUGCUGUUGAUCAGAUUAAGAAAAAAUAUGGCUAUGCUUCAUCUAGUCAAUUUCAUGCCUGGAGGAAUCUGUAAAUAUCUUUCUGGAUAUUGGAAGGUUUAAUAUGUCUGCAAGGUAUUAUAAGGGAUGUUACUUUCAAAAAGGGAGGAAGAUCAAGAUGGAGAUGAGCGCGAAGGAAGCCUUUGAGAGGUCGAUGAGGACUUUGUCGGAGUGGAUAAGCCAGGAAGUGAAUGGAAAUAUGUAAUGAUCUUAGAUACUUGAUACUUGGUUCAUUCGGAUGAUAAUGUACGAAUAUUUUGGAUAAUAUAUAAUAUUGUUAUUGUUGAUUUUA